CAACUGCCAAUGGUGAUCGUUAGUGUCACUUUGACUUUACCUCUGACUUAUCCUGCGAGUUUUGUUAUUGUGUGUUGGUGCCAAAAAGAAACGAAUUAAACUCGGAAUUGCGAGGCAUUUACGCAGAGAAAAUUUUGACCAACGCUCUGAACAUGUAGCAGAGAACGGCUUUUCCUUCACAAUAUAUCAACCUCCGAAAGUGAACAGUUGCAUAUUCCAACUGAGAUGUAUGUGUGUAUUGGGGCCAGAAAUAUGGAAUUGUACUGGAGAUGGGGCUUCUAUCUCACGCUACUCUUCGUAGAUUGUUGUACAGGAUUUCCUGUCAAUUUGCAAGAUAAUGGCAUUGGUGAACAUACGCAGCUUUUAACGAGUGUAGCUGCUAUUCUUAUUACGGUUGGCACGAUUAUAAUAUUCGCUGGAUGUCUCUGUUGCCAUAGGCGGAAAGGAUUUCAGGAAGAAAAGCAAAAGGAAUUUCACAAUACUCCUAUGGUAGCGUCGACCGUGACUAGCUCGGAACAAGGCCAUGUAAACCCUAUAGGGAAUGGUGAAUUUACCAUUUUCACCCCAUUACAUCCGCCCAUAAAUAACAAUGUAUUUAUGGUCAAUGAACAAGAGAGGCGCAUCGGGGACGCUGAACACGUCGAUGUGGGCCGAUGGUUCGAUGGGGCUAAAAUAGACUUUCCAAGGGAAAAGCUGAAGUACAUCAGGGAGUUAGGAAAUGGGCACUUUGGCAAGGUAGUGGAAGGCGCAGCCCAGGAUCUAGAUCCCGACCGGACCUGGACUCCAGUGGUGGUGAGAAUUCUGGAUAUCGCAUCAAGUCCGCGUGAUCGUCUCUCGUUUCUGCAAAAUGCGCUCUUCUACUUGGCGCCGGAGCAUCCGAACAUUCUGGCCCUCAAAGGUCAAUGCCUGCGAUCGGCCCCUUUGCUUCUGCUCCAAGAAUCCUGCAGCGCCGGAGAUUUAAAGUCCCGACUGAGAACUGUGGGCAGUGAGGACCGGAUACUGCAAUGGUGCUUUGAAUUAACAUCCGCUCUAAAGCAUCUGCACGAAAACAACUUGAUUCACCCCGAUUUGGCGGCGAGAAACUGCCAGCUUUCCAGCGAUCUCACUCUCAAACUCGGAGAUUACAGCUUGAGCUUCUCCAAGUAUCCAGAAGAUUAUUACAGAAACGGCGUGCCGCUUAUACCAGUACGCUGGAGGUCUCCAGAAUCUCUCGUUUGCACCCCAACAACCAUCCAACCCAAGCCCCUGACCAAGGAGGCGAAUGUCUGGAGCUUAGGAGUGGUUAUGUGGGAAGUAUGCGAAAACGGAUCUCAGCCUUAUGGCUUUUUAAACGACGACGACGUGAUUUCCCGAGUAUUUGGACCGGAAAGCCUACGACUGGAUGGCCCUAGUAAACCGCAAAUGUAUUCCGACUACAUCUUUCGCCUAAUCAAAAUGUGCUGGAGCAAUAAAGAAUCCAGGCCUCAAGUGGCUCAGAUCGAGUUUAUGCUGUCCGAUUUGUACCAAGUGCAUCGAAAUACUCACAACCUGGGGGCCAAUUCAGACUUUGACCAGCGCUGGGAGUCGCUGAAACCCAACGUGACUUCAAACACGGACAAACAUACAGUGAACAUUGAAAUGCAAACUAAAUCCAUUUCCAAACAAUUGUCGCCUAGUUUGAACAAUUUGCAUGGAUCCUUGGAUAAUUUGCUGUGUAUGCAGCCUUUGACCAAAAACGCUAAAGACAUGAAUCCGGAGGCGACUCUUCACUUCAAGUUGGGUUCUGGCACUAAGCAGAAAACCGAAGAGUUGAAAGAAUCUCCAAUUCCGAACGAUAGUUUAACGGAUAGUUUCAAUUUCAAGCAAGCAAGUAGUGGCAGCGACACGGAAGAGGAGAAUUGGCGACGGAAAGUGGAACGUGGGGCUUACAGUGAGAAGGUGCGGUUAAAGUCGCGCUCAGUAGCUGACCUGAUGGUGCUCACGCACGUCGAUUACUCAGAGUCAGAGUCGGAAACUCCAAUGCCCAGCAUCGAUUACAAAUCGAACCGAGGGCCGAGGAAGUCGAAUCUGGAAAAUGUGAGCCUAAACUUCAGCAGCGAAGGCAAUUUGCUCAGUCUAGAGGACACUUUCGAGCAGGAGUUGAAGAAAAUGCAAGUGGAAAGACGGGAUAGUUUACUGUUUGUACCUGAUAACAAGAGUCAAAACUUGAGCGUGCUACGCGAGCUUAACAGUGCAACUGAAAUCAAACCUCCUAAUCAAAUCUACAAUGUUUUCAAUGUGUCGGUUGAUAAAUAUCGCCCAAUGCCAACAGGAAUUCACAUGAAUAAAACAUUUUCUAGACAAGACAGCGAAACCAAGAAAAUAGAAGACGAAAGUGACAAACACCCACCAAAACACAACUUGCCUGAUAUAUUAGCUAGUUUAGACGAGGAUCACGGUCAAGCCAACGUGGAUUUAUUGGAAUCGAACUUAAUUCCAGCUAAGAGCGCUGAGCGGGAUUAUGAAGAAGAAUCUCAAAUACCAAAGGACGACCCCGAACUAAACGAAUCAAAAGCAGAAAUUAAGGAAUCUCAAAUCGUACCUGAUUUAUGUAGUGAGAAUGUAGAAAAUAGCGUUAGUAUUAACUCAUGUUUAAGUUAUUCGCCGGAGAAAAUGGUUUCCAGCGAACCGAAAGCCAGAAAACCCGACGUGUUUACCGACCAGUUCUUACCGGAAAUUAAACCGCAGUUCAUCAAAGGCCCCAAUAUGAUGGAAGCGAGGAAUCUUUCCAGCCCAUCUCCCAAAGAAACCUGCAAUAGUUUGCCGCAGAUUUGCCUUGGUGUAAAUGAAUUCUUAAGCGCGGAGCGGAAAACUGCGUUAUUGGAAACUACCGCCCCUAGUGAAAACUGUAACAGCACAAACUCAGAAGUUCCAGAAAUUUGUGACGUUCCACCGACUAGCCCUCCAACAGAUAGCUGUGAAAAUAAAACCGGCGGAAAGUUAGAUAGUGAAUUGCCGAAUUUGCCCAAAGUAGCGUUUGAUGUCAGCGACAGCCAGCAGGAAUCCAAGCCAAACUUACUGACGCAUGCUUUGGUAUUUAGCAGCACGCCUUUUGGGAAAAAAUCCAGCAUAACAUUUACUGAACCGCCUGGAGUAAACCUAUUUGAUAGCCAGACAAAUGAUUCGAAUGAAUUGUUCACUUCCGCGAUUAAAGAAAGCGGCCCGAACCAAGAGGAGAAACUAAACUACUCGCUGGAAACUUGGGACAACUUUCUAGGAAAAUCGUUCGAUUCCAACAGGGAAACCAACGAGAAUUUCUUUGAUAGUUUCACUUCUGAACCGCAAAGCAUGCUGUUCUUAGAGGAAAACAUUCAAAUCGAUACUAAUAAUGAAGAAAUCAAGGGGCGCGCUAUGAUUGACGGAACAUUUUUAGUGGAAGGAAACAAUACAUUUACUGUCGAUAAUGCAACUGAGCAACUGGAAAAUCAAACGUUUACUAAAAAAGCUGCCGAUGGGACCUUUUCAAUCGAGCCCAAAAAUGAUUCAUCUGCAACCCUAUUAGAUGCUGCCAUCAAUGGGACUUUUGUGCUUCAAGACAGCCCAGUGGACGAUGGUCUCAAAGAUGAGGGGAACGGUGAAGAUUUGAAGACCUGCGGGGGGUGGUUUUUGCACCCCCAAUUAAACAACGAGCAGUUAGCUGAAGAAAUUGAGUCACAAGCUAGCACAAGCAGCUACAUCCGAUACGGCAUGGAUGAUGAAGUGGUGAGCGCCCUAAGGAAUGAAUUAUUGGCGAAGCUUCCACAAGCUCAGAGUGCGCCGCAGGAAAAUAUCAAAGAAGAAGAGGAGUGGAAUCAGGCGGAGCGCAACGAAAUUUUUCUAAGGUACAACGCUUACAACACGAUGCUAUCGCCCAUACCAGAGGAAAACAGCUUCGAACUGAAUGAUGAAGAAAUGGGAAUGCUCGCGCAAAUUAGUCCAAAAUACGAAGACUCGGACAGCGAUUGGUCUGAUGAAUUGCCGCCAGCAUUGUCUUCGCAUACUAACGAUAGCGUUUUUGUCAAAAACGCCCAGACAGCAAGCCAAAGUUCCUGUUGCUCUAAUGAUACGCUUUUCAAUUUCGACGAUUUUGCAUCUGCGAACGAAAAAGAGCCCGAAGAUAUUGCAGAAGCAUAUCGAUUAAACGACGGGAAGCUUGAAGAUGUUACCGAUGCCAGUGAAGAGAAAACGAUGAAACUUGGUGAAACAACUGAGUCGUUUAGUGAUAGUGCUAGCAAUGAGCAGAAGAACGAAGAGGUGGCUGUAAAGCCCAGUGGGGGUGAAUACCCGAUUUAUUUGAAUGCGUUUUUGGAAAAUGAGCGACAUCAUUCAGCGGAUUUUCCUGCUUUCCCAACAAAGGUGGUGGCCCCUUUACCAUCUCCGGAAGACAAGCCGUGGAAAUCGUUGCCUGCUUCCCUACUAACGUUCAAAUCGAUCCAAAGCCCCAGUUUAUCAGACGAGAAGAAUGAAGACUUUUGUAGUAAACCCGACAAUGAAGACAAUCUGUAUGAAAGUCUGCCGUCUGAAACGUAUUACAGUGCAGAAACCACUCUGGCCAAAGAAGAAGAAUUGGAUGUCUACAAAUUCCCGUUUGCCGAUGAAGCCAUCUCGAAUAUCUACGAAAAUCUCGAUAACAACGUCCCGUACGUGAACGUUGCUUACAAAAGCGAUUCGGCCGCUGAAGAAUCUCAUGAUAUGCUGGGUGUUUUAACGGACAUCAGAUUUAGCGGUCCGAUCGACAGCCAACUGAUGUCCACAUCGUUUAGCGAGAGCAACGAGGCAGAAGAACAGGAUUGGGAAAGCGGUUCGGAUACCAGAUCCAGCUCAAGCGGGGAAUUCAUCUGGAAGGAAGGCGAGCAUGAAGAGUCUCUAAAAGCUCUGAAAGCUGCCCCUCAGGACAUGUUGGAAGAUAUUCAGCCUAUGGAAGAAAUUGUUGAAGAAUCCACGGAAAGAGACAUAAGCACCAGCAGCAGCGAGGAAGAGGGCGACAAUUUGGAGUUCGUUCCUUCGGCAUGGGACAAAUUUGCAACGCCCUCCAAAUCGGCGUUACGUUCGCCAGAUAAGAGCUUGGACAGAGCGGAAAUGAAAAAGUCCAAAGGCGUGUGGUUCAAAAAACAGAAGUAUCAUUGCGUGUAUGAAUACCCACGAGAGCCGGAAAGUCCGGUGCUGCAAAGUCAGGACCUGUGGAAGCCCCAGCUAGACUUUGUUGCGUUUGCUGACUGGGAAUUCGAUCCAGAGAUUUGUUUGCCUCCGCCCACUGCUGAAAGCGACCUAAACCCCAGCAAUUUUACCUUCAAACCGAAAAUUAACAACAGUAGACGUAGCUUGUAUUAUCUCACCAGUCCCAUCGAUUUUCAGGGUGAUGGUUCAAGUGCUCCUAGAACCCCAGAUUAUGACUGCCAAGUGGUGCCAACUAAUCGCCAGUUGGACGAUACAGGGUGUUCGCAAUUCUUCCCUGGAGCGAGCAGUUGGAUGGAAAACAUCACCCCCGACAGUGGCUUGGAAGACUGCACCCCUGUUAGUGAAUCUUCGGGGUUUUCUGACAAUUUUGCCUCCUUCAGGCCGGUCGCUUCGCUUAGAAAAUUGGCCGAGCAAGCCGUUAACAGGAGCAAAAAUAAUGAAGAUGUUUUAGGCGGCUUGCGGCACACCAGGAGCAAGCUGAAGCUGGAUUUGCCGCCCAGUCCCAGUGCUUUCACCUCAGGGAAAACCUUCGUGGUGGAACCUUUGCAAGACAUGGAAAUAAUCAGGGAAAAGCCCGCUUUUUCCACGUUCGGGAAAAGCAGGUUUUUGGUUCAACACGUCGACACGCCCACUGAUGAGAAUUUGCCGCAAACGAAGAACGUUUGCUUCGACGUUUUGCCCUAUAAGCCAAUUAAUAUAAUUCCGGUCAAGAGCGAGACUGUUCUGUAUGAACUGUUGAACGACAAUUUCGUCGAUAAGAAAGGGCAUUUUAACAAGGGCGAGGCCAGUUUGCUGGAUAGUGCCGAUGAAGACAGUGGCAUUGAAUCCAGUACUCUGGAGCGGAAAAGUAAGGCAAUUCAACGAGAUAAUGUAAAGACGGAAUAAGGAGUGAGUGUGAGCGCAUUUAUUAAAUGUUUGUCCUGAAAUCCUGCAACUGUUAGGAUUUUCCUGUGUGGAGAACUCGGUCCAAUUAAAAUAUUUAACUGAAAUACUAACUUGUCCUUUAACAAGAAAGGGGCGAAGUAGAAGGAAAAACACCUGCACAAAACCCUUAUGUAUUUAUAGGAGUAAUUUGGCUGAAGGAGCACAUGAAAAUCCGGUCAUGACCGGGAGAAAUUGCCAUCUAUUCUUCAUUUAAUGUUUAUUGUAAAUGUUCAAUUCGUAAUACUAGGAUAUCUAAGAUGUUGCGGGACUGGAGGAGUUUUCGGUCAGCGCUUUGCGGAAAAAACAUGUUCUAUUGGCGUUUUCUUUGGCCGAAAACUCCAUCAUUUUCGUUAGAUCUUUGAAGAUUUUUGAUCCCUUUCGUAGCUUAUAAAUUAUGCUUGAAUAGAGAAAAGAAGGCUUUAAAACGAAAAGCAUGUCUCAAGAUCUCAGUCAUACAUAAGUUGAGCGCGUGGGCCCAAAUACCCAGCCAUACAGGGUGUUGCAGAUUUCAAGUGAUUAAAACAAAUGUUUACCAUUUUUGCAACAUUCACCUGAAUUUACACUGUGAAAGUCAAUGAAAAAACAACAGCAGUAAUAUCAGAAAACAUUCCAUUUUCUAGGCAAGCAAUUUAAUUGGUAUUGUGUUUUAAAUUCGCGUAUUUCAGUCUCCCAUAGGUGUUUUAAGUUGUAAUCGUUGAAGAUUGUGUGUUAGUUGGGACACCUUGCCUGUAAAUGCAACAAAUUAUGUGAUAUUUUUGGGGUUUCGUUGUCUGUUUAAGUAUAGUUGUUGUGUUUCCUAGUAGCCCAAAAGUGUUUUGUUCAAAAUGUGAUAACGAAUCAUUGGUUUUUAAACGUCCAAUAUAAAUUAUCGAUUUUACUAGGCGGUUGUACUUUUCGAAUAUAUUUUGGUAAAUAAUACCUUCUAAUCUUAUAGACUUGAAUUUCUUGCAGUAAAAAUGUUGCCAACAAUAGAGAUGUAGCGUUCAUUUUCACAGCAUAUCACCCUCGUUUAAAAUACAUGAGUACAAACAUAAUAUUCUUAAUUUUUCCCGUAACUUUUAAGUAGUAAAGUACUAACAUAAAAAAAUCAGUUUUAAUUUCAAGCUUUAUUUAGAUAAUGUUUAAGAUGUAUUAAGUGUAGAUAUUUUUGUAGUUAUAUUGUUGUCCGUAUCGGAUUAAGAAAUGUGGUUAUUGAUUCUUGUAUCAGUAGGGAGUAGCAGUAUUUGUAUCAUAUCGUUUUCCAGUAGGUAGUUAUAUGUUAAUAAAUAAACAAUUAGUGACCAUAAA